GGUCAAGCCAUACUUUUAUGAAUUGUUAAUAUGUUAAUUAAUCAGUAAUCACAAUAAGUGAAAGUAAUUAUUUUUAUGAUAAAAAUAAUAAAUCACUGUAAGAUUUUUAAAGAUUUUUAAAAAUGAAGGCUAUCAUUCAACGUGUUGCUAAAGCAAGUGUUUCGGUUAAUGGAGAAAUUAUUAGCAGUAUUGAAAAUGGCUUGUGUGUUCUAAUUGGUAUAAAAAGAGACGACACACUGAAUGAUAUGGAAUACAUAGUGAAGAAAAUAUUGAAUACAAAGAUUUUUAACAAUGAAGAUGGAAAAAAGUGGUCGGCCAAUGUAAAAGAAAAGAAAUACGAAAUACUUUGUAUAAGUCAAUUUACACUUUAUCAUGUUUUGAAAGGUAAUCGACUUGAUUUUCACAGAGCAAUGCACGCUCAUGAGGCGGAAAUUUUUUACAAUAAAUUUCUCACUCAACUUGGUGAAGAUUAUGAACCAGAAAAAAUAAAAGAUGGUAAAUUUGGAGCAAUGAUGGAGGUUAAUAUUCAGAAUUCUGGACCGGUAACAUUGGAAAUAGAAUCUUCAGUUCUUUCAGAUUGAAAAUAAAAAAGAAAAUAUAGUUUUUAUAUAUUUUUAUUAAAAAAUAUUGCAUGCUUCUGGUAAUUAUAAUUAGUUUUUUCACGUAUGUUUAUAAUAUUUAAAUACAUGUUUG